AUGGCUAUGACUAGACGUGCUAGCCACCAACCACUUGUAACCCUGCUCGGUGUCGCAAGUGCGUGUGGCGACCCCGGUGACAUUGAUAACACACAGACGGUGGGAAACCCCAUUGGUCAGUUUUCAGACCGUCAUGACUUGGGAGUUGCACGCCAGCUCAAGGGGCAAUGGCAUGGAAUUUUACGGAGACGAGCUGGCGAGGCCGGUCUUUUGGAUUUGGCGGAAAGUGUCAUUGUCGAGACGAAUUGUGACGCUGUCCAUCGGGCGCGAUUUUACCAUCUUUAUCCCAGCCAAUAUAUUCUUUGA